AUUUAUAAUAAAGUCUUUGGUUUCACAAUGAGGGGCGAGGCCAAGCUGUAAUGCUAUAUACACAUUUUUCAAUAAGCUCUCUCCGUUUUUUCAUAUACCAAAUUCCACCGAAAGCAACGAAUAAAAGAAAAAGUAUCCACAUUCGACAGCAAACAAAAGCUUUCCCCUUUAACUUCUCUUUCAACAUUCCGUGCGGUCCCAGAGUGAGGUCAAAGAGGAAGCAACUUAACACUAAGCAAAGCUGAGAUGGGGUGCUGCUUCCAUGGCUCCACAACCAUUCCACCCAUGGAAACCUCCACAGCUUCAGUUGCUGGACAAUACUCGUCGAAUCUCAGACAAGAAGUUCUGUUGCAAAUAGCAGAAUGCAAAGUUCAUCUUAUGGAUGAAGGACAAGCCCUUGAAUUGGCUCAAGGCCACUUCAUGAUCACCAAAACCUUUGAUGAGAAUGUGUCUCUUGCUACAAUCAUAAAGGUAGAUGAUCUUCAAUGGCCCUUGACGAAAGAUGAGCCAGUGGUGAAGCUUGAUGCUCUCCAUUACCUGUUCUCAUUGCCUGUGAAAGAUGGUGAGCCUCUUAGCUAUGGUGUUACUUUUUCACAAAACAGCUUUGCAAGUAUGACUUUGUUGGAUUCUUUUCUAAAGGAGCAUUGUUGCUUUUCUGGCUUGAAACUGAGUAAGAACAACAAUGAUCUUGAUUGGAGGGAAUUUGCUCCUAGGGUUGAUGAUUACAACCAUUUUCUAGCCAAGGCAAUUGCUGGUGGGACAGGUCAGAUUGUGAAGGGUAUCUUCAUAUGCAGCAAUGCUUACACAAACAAGGUCCAAAAAGGAGGUGAGACAAUCCUGAACAGUCAUGCAGAUGAGAGAAAUGGUGUUGUUGCCAGAGAAAAAACAGCUGCUGCCUCAAAGAAGAGCAAGAUAAAUAAAAAUCUCAAACGUGUGAGGAAACUAUCAAAGAUGACAGAAAAGUUGAGCAAAUCCUUGCUGAAUGGAGUUGGCAUAGUUAGCGGAAGUGUGAUUACCCCUGUUCUUAAAUCCAAAACAGGAAAGAAAUUCCUAAAGAUGCUUCCUGGAGAGGUGUUGUUGGCUUCUCUUGAUGCACUCAACAAGGUUCUUGAUGCAGCUGAAGCGGCCGAAAAACAAACCUUUUCUGCUACCUCCAAAGCUGCAUCUGGAAUGGUUUCUAAGAGGUUUGGGGAAGAUGCAGGGGAAGCUACUGAGCAUGUGCUUGCAACGGCGGGGCAUGCUGCUAACGCUGCUUGGAAUGUGUUUAAGAUAAGGAAGGCCAUUAAUCCAGCAUCUUCAGCAACCACUGGAGUAUUGAAAAAUGUUGCCAAGAAUACAAAGUUUUAAAUGUUUAAAAUCCCACUCCCACACCCUGCCAAGCAGCCACUCAAGUAAUGGAUGUAACUGCUGUAUUUUUCAUUUAUGACUUUCUUAAAUCUUAAGGAGUUUGCCGGAUUUGUCAAUAUUUAUCUUUAGAUAUCACUAACAGAAGCUACCUUUGAAUAUCAAAUCACAAGUGGUUCACUUGGCUCAA